CUGUCUGUAACUUGACAGCCGGGACGCAGGAGCUCCGCAGGACCGUGAAGAAGUUUCCCAGUUUCAGCUGUUGCGUUGGCAGUUUGACUGUAAAGAUGCUUCCUGGAGCGCUCACCGUGUUACUGACUUUAUUCAGCCUCACUGAGAGCAAACAGAAAGACUUUUAUACUUUUAAAGUAGUGAACAGCAGGGGGAAGUUAGUGUCCCUGGAAAAAUACCGGGGUUCGGUGUCCCUGGUGGUGAAUGUAGCCAGUGAGUGUGGCUUCACUGAGGAACACUACAAAGACCUGCAGCAGCUCCAGCGGGACUUUGGGCCGUAUCACUUCAAUGUGCUGGCCUUCCCCUGCAACCAGUUUGGGCAGCAGGAGCCCGGCAGCGACAAGGAGAUUGACAGCUUUGUUCGCAGAGUCUACGGAGUCUCCUUCCCUUUGUUCAGUAAAAUCGCUGUUGUCGGAACUGGAGCCAACAAUGUCUACAAGUAUCUGGUUGAGUCUUCUGGAAAGGAGCCUGACUGGAAUUUCUGGAAGUAUCUAAUUGAUGUAAAUGGCAAAGUGGUGGAUGCAUGGGGACCAAAAGUUCCUGUCAAAGAAAUCCGACCCAAAAUAGCUGAAAUGGUGCGGCAGAUAAUCCUAAAGAAGAAAGAAGAACUUUAACCUCCUGUUAACAGACCCUUUACUACACAGUGUUCUGGAGUAUGAGAUUUAAAUUUAUUGGUACAUGAACCAAAGGGAUGAACUGAACACGUGUUCUGCUUGUACAAUCUGACCUUGUUAGUAUAAACCGUCACAUAGCGAAAGCAAAUUUUACUUGCUUUCUAAAGGCACUGAUGAAACACCACUGUUUUUAAAGUCCAUGUCAAGUUUUAAAUCAGGUGUAUAACAUGUGAAACUGCAGCUUUAACUUAAAGAGCUCCUGUUCCCCUAUUUGUUAGUCACGUGGAUUAUGUGUUUGGUUUUUUAUUCAUUCUGAUUUGUGGAAUAAACCUUUACUGUGAUGAGAGCAA